AGACUGAAAGCUGGAUUUUGGUCAGUUUGGUUUGUCACUUUGUCAGUUCUAUAUUCCUUUCAAAGUUUUCCACUUUCCACCAAACCAUUAGCGCUUCAUUGAAUUUUCCCUGUUUUCAGUUAUUGAAUUGCCCGUGACAAAAUUUCGAAUCGAAAGCAAUUAAUCGAGUUUUUCUGUUUCUUGGCAAGGCCUUGCAGAGAUUGUUGCUUUUUUUUGUUCAUUUUCCAACAAACAAAACCUUUAGCUGCAUCCAGAUCGAUCCGUUCUUCCUGACACAAUUGGCACAAUGCUUGCUGUUUUCUAGCAUCGAAUUUGUGAAUACAGAAAAGUUCUACGCUGCUGCGAUCUGAAGUAAAGCAUCUGAAAUAUUAGAAACAUUCAAAUAUGGAGGAUAUGAAACUAACAUCCAAAGUAGUGAUUCCAGUGGGUAGAAUUCAAACAAUAAUGAAAAGUACGUCCGAUGAAGUUGUGAGUAGAGAAUCAAGCAUAAUUAUGUCAAAAGCAGCUGAACUCUUCAUCAGAACAUUCACACAAGAGUGUUAUAAUGAAACGAAGUUCGGUAAAAAGAUAGAUUACAGGCACCUGUCCGCUGUAGUGCACGAUGAAGAAAAAUACGGAUUCUUAAGAGACAUUUUACCAAAGAAAAUUACGGUACUUGAAUUCAGGGAAAUUAUGGAGCAAAAAAAUGCGGCCGAAUUGAGGACCGCUGAAGACACUUCCUCAUCAGAUGAUGAUUCGAGUAGCACUGAAGAUACCGCAAGUGAAGGCAGUUCGGAACAUAUUGACUAAUAUUGGACAUUGUUGGCAGCACCUGCAAAAACGCAUUCUGUGAAUAAAAUAUUAACCUAAGUUAUUGUAUGGAUAGUAAUGUCAUUAUUAUAUAGAUUGUUGGUUAGAGAGAAAUGCAAACCCGCGAUAUAACAUGCAGGUUAAAAUUUUAGUGGACGGCUAAUAAAUACAAUUUCAUAAA